AUAAGUACUUUCAAAGGCGUAUAAGAUGAACUGGCUCAAAUUUUAUUAAAUAACGAAUAAUCAUCAUAAGUAGUAUAAAUAAUAUUAUAAAACCUAAUUGAAAAUAUACCAAAAAAUGCCUAAAAAGAAUACAUUUAGUUAUUCGGAUUAGUAUCAUAAAUUUAUUAAUAAAAGCUAUUAGAAUUUUAUCCUAAAAUUUUACAAUUUAUAAGCAAACAAAUAAUUUCUAAUGAAAAUAAUCAUUUAAAUUCUGCAAUUUCUACUACUCUAGGCUAGUUUUGUUAAUACACAAUUAAAUCUAUAUAAGAUUAGGAAUAUCUAAUAAGCAUUAUUAAUUUAGUUUCACAACAUUUGAUUGUAAAUAAGACUAUGUAGGUGUCCGCAAUGUGUCUUUAGGGGAUUAUUUAGAGCUCACCUUUGGAUUGUAUUUUGAAUAUAAAGGAUGAUUUAGUAAUUAUAUUAAUUAAUUAGGCAAAAAGUGGACAUUUUAUUACUGAAGGUGCCUAAGAGAGUAUAUUAAUGGCCCUUUUGGCGUUAAUUAUUUGCAUAGAAGAACAGUUUAGGCCUUAUGCGAAAAAUAUUGUGCCAAUUUUGGUACAAAAUUUGGUUGGAUAAACUGCUAGAAAGAUUACUAUUGACAUGAUUUAUACAUUAGGGGUGUUAAUGGGGGAAGAAUUGGAGUAAUAUUUAGAUUAAAUUGUAGAAUUGGUAAAAAUAUGUAGAUGUGAUA